AUGGCAACAGUGGAAGAAAAGAAACGUGUUGGUGGCUCAAAGGUGUCAGCCAUUGCAAAUAUCUUUCAAUCGAAACCACAAUUGGAUAAUUUAAGCCAUAGAACAAAUAAUAUUCUGUCAGAUGGUUUCAAGGAACCAGCUGUGCCUUUAAAAGAGUCUCCUACACAAGUUACAGUUGUUAGAACUGAAAGUCAUGUGGCCCGGUUUAAUAAUGCACGUGCACUUUUUGAAAAGCUUGGAGAAGAAAAUAAACCAAAUAAACCGGUGGACAGGAUUACAAAACCUACUAAUUUACAUGGUUUAAGAUCACGGUCAAGUUCUGCAAAUUCUGGAUCAGGCUGUACAUCCCCAGCUAGAUCACCUCGUCCUAGAUCACCAUCACCUCCAGGAACUAGAGAUCACUUGAGUAAUUGGAGUGCCAGUGUUCCAGCUUUAAAUGCUGAAAGACAUUUUGAAAAUGGUCAUAAUCAUGGUUUAGAUAAUGUGCCAGAUAAACAUAAAUCACGAGCAGGGUUAGGGAAAUUUGAUAAAAAUUACGGAAAAGAAAAUCGAUUAGACGAUCGGCCAGAGAAACCGGAAAAACCUGAAAGGAGAUUGAACUCGAAGGAAUUAAUUGAAAAGCAGAAAAAUUGGACUAGCCACUUUUCAAAAACUAGGCCAAGCAGAUAUAAUUCAGAUCCAAAUAGAUCUGUGGUACAAAGUUCUUUAAACCAGAGUGCAAAUAAAGUGAAUAUUGAUACUACUUCUGUAGGACAUAUACAAAAUGCUACAGGUACUGAUGGUGAAGCAAAAAGACCAACAGAUAUAUCUACUAAUCCAGCAACAAGAUCUGCUAGCUUUUGCUCUAUUAGAUCAUCAGCCAUAUCCCCACCUCCACCACCACCACCAACAAGAAAUUCUUCUACUUCAAAUGUAAAAAAAGAAAGACCAGCCAGUAUUGCUGCAGUAUCUCCACCAGAUAUUCCUAGCAGUCCAGAAUAUGCCACUAUAAGUAAAUAUUUUGAUAAUUCACCAACUAUACCUGAAUAUGCAGUUGUACAAAAAAAUACAAAUUUACAAAAUAAGCAUUUCCAAAGAAAUCAAGAACAAUGGGAAACUUCAAAAAAUGCGAUUACUCCUGCACAAGAAAGGACUCAAGAUAUAAUCAUACCUGAAUAUGCAGUAGUACAGAAGAAUAAUGCAGCUAAGGUAGUUUCACGAAAUGCAGAAGUACCGAAAAAUACUUCCGCGCAACAUUCAAAAAAUUUAAGCAAUUUGGACAGCAGUGGUUUGCCAGCUAAAAAUACUCUUGCAAGCUCAAGUGUCGAUAUUUAUUCACAAACAAAAUCACUUGCUUCUCCUUAUGAAAGAAAUUCUGAUAUAUCUAGUCCAACACGGAGUAUGUCGAUAGAAAAUAUUACUAGUAAUGCGGUGGAAAAUAAAACGAGAAAAGAUGAUAAUGACCUACUUGAUGCUCCUGAGUAUCUAAAUUAUCCUUCAAAUGUUAUACGUUCACCAGCUAAAACAUCUGAAUGGAGAAAUGAAUGGUUAGCCAAGACCGACGAAAUUUUAAAGAAGGCAGCAGAUCUAAAGUGUUCUAGGGAAGAUUUAGAAACCAAAAAUGAAGUCAUAAGACCUAAUUCAAGACCAGACUGGGCCAGACCAUGCAUAAAUACAGUGAGGAAGAAAGAUAGUUUGACUGAAGAAAGGAAAAUAGAGCCGUCAAAAUCUCCGGACCCGGAAUUAAGACCACCUUCUGGAGGUACGGAUAGUGCUUCUUCUAGUAUGAGCUCCCCUAGCUCCCCUUCCAAGGAUAGUAAAGAAGAGAAGGCAGAUAAGGAAAUGUCAGAAAAAUUUCAAACUGGUCGUAAUAGUUAUGACUUGCAACCGGAAGAACAAGAUAAACCUGCAGCAUAUACGGAAUCUAUUACUGAGAAGGAUAGUUUAGAAAAAAAUUCAAGAUUCAACGAACCAGAUACAACUACAGUUAUUCGACGUUCUCAUGUACGUGUUGAUCUUCAAGCUGCCGGGUUGGGACAACGACCACCAUCCGUUAUUAGUUCAGAUCAAGAAUAUCCACCUCUAGAACACAAGGAUAUUCCAAUACCUUCGCCAUAUGUAAAGAAAAUACAACAAAAUCAAGAAGUGUGUACUCAAAACAAUGAUGUUAAGCCGCAAAUGAAAACAAACGUAGAAGAAAGUGCGCUAAUAAAAACUGAUUCAACAAAAAGUUGCCAUAAUAAGAUAUCUCAAGAUAGUAAUCAAGAUCAUAUACGAAUGAAUUCAGUGAUCACAGAAAUAAAUCAAAAUAUAGUCUUAGAUAAUAAGUCAAAAUCAAAUAUUGCCAAUGAAAGACAUACAUUUGUUGAAACUGUGUGUCAGAAAACAGUAUCUAAUGCCAAAAAUGAUCAAAUAAAGAUCUCUGUACGUGAAAAGAUAGCAAAAAAUAAGGAAGAAGUAUCCGGAAAACGUUCCAGUUUUGCUGAAGUGGAUAAUAAAGCAGAUCAAACAGAAAAGGCCAUGUUAAACACAACUCAGUGUUCAGUAGUUUCAAGUGUACAUAGUACUGAAAAUUUAUCGGAAAACUUCAGUAAUAAAGAGACAGAAUUAGACGAUGCCGCACAUUCAGAAAAUACAUCCAAAUUUGUGUCGAAAACAAGUAAUAAAAAAGAAUAUAAAACAUUGGCAGGAGAUACAGUGCCACCACCUAAACCCAGUUCCCAAACAAUAAGUAACGUUUUAAACAGAGGUACAGAAGAAUCAGAUCAACCACAGACAACAUGGGAACAGGAAAAACAGAAAGCUGAGCUAGCAAAAUUGAGAUUACAGGAAAAUACCUCUGCAAAUACAGUACAACAAAUUCAUGUACCUCAAAACGUGUCACCUGCUGUUGUAACUCAACAACACAUGGAGAAAAAGCAACUAAAUGAUCAUAUUACAUCUGAGAGUAGUAUUCAUGAUGACAGUGAUUCCAGUGAUACCAAAACUAUUACAAAUUUGGAGUAUGCACCAACAAUAGAUGUGAAAGAUGUUAUGGAACAAAAUGAUUCUAAGAUUGCAACAGAAACUCUUUCUAAAGUGAUUGUAAAUCCAACAAUUCCUAUAACACCAGAUACUAUGACAGCUGAUGAAGCAGAGAACCUGCUAAGUUCUCGCAUCCUAGAGAAAAAAAUAAGACAAGGAUCAGCUUUAUUGUCGGAUGAAGAAGCUCAGGAAAUAGCAAGAUUAUUGUCUCCUACUGCACAUACUGAAGUUGUAAGUGAAGAAAAUUCUAUUGAUAAAAAUAGAGAAAUGGACAAAGAAAGGGAGAAGGAAGAUCAAGAUAAUACACCAGAUUGGCUUUCUGAUGUCUUGUCUGCUCCUGAUAGCAGUCUUAUUAAUAGCACCACUAAUGAUUAUAGUUUGUCCCAUAGAUCACGUAGCGAUUUAACGAUAGAUUCGUUAACGGAGAGUCAAGUGGGUUCUGUAACGGGUAGUGAAAGUGGUCUACUUGGAUCUGUUAAUAGUUUGAACGAUACUUAUGAAAUUAACGAUGAUACAGAAACUGAACAUCAAGACGAGUACGUUCCACCAACGCCAGGCAAAGUUAUACUCGUGGAAAAUGGUGUGCAUUAUUUCGAGGAUGGUCAUUUUUGGAUGGAAGUGGCUGGAAUACCUGAAUCAGAUGAAGAGAAGGAAGAUUAUCUGAUAAGUAUACCUGUUAAAAAAAUGUCCAAAGUUUCAUUUGAUACAAGACCAAUGAGAGUCUAUUCAACACAUUCAGUAAAUGAAUAUGAUCGACGAAAUGAAGAUGUAGAUCCUGUUGCUGCGAGCGCAGAAUAUGAACUCGAAAAGCGAGUUGAAAAAAUGGAGGUAUUUCCCGUGGAGCUUAUGAAAGGUCCAGAAGGUCUUGGUUUAAGUAUUAUUGGAAUGGGCGUUGGUGCGGAUGCGGGACUUGAGAAAUUAGGCAUAUUCGUAAAAACAAUCACGGAAAAAGGCGCAGCUGCACGAGAAGGCAGAAUACAAGUAAACGAUCAAAUCGUUGAAGUGGAUGGAAAAUCUUUGGUUGGCGUGACACAAGCAUAUGCAGCUAGUGUCCUACGUAAUACUUCAGGUCUUGUACGUUUUGUAAUUGGCAGAGAACGUGAUCCAAACUCAGAAGUAGCUAUGUUAAUUCGACAAAGUCUUCAAGCUGACAAAGAGAGAGAACAACAAGCUAACUCUGCUAGAAAACUUAAUUUUUCGGAUACUUCGCCCGAUAGUCAACGCGGUGGCGAAGAUGUUUCUGUCGGAGGUAUGGGAGGCAUUCCAGGCUCUCCAGCUAUGUCUUCGUGUUCAGAAGGAGAACCUCCUCAUAGUCCUAUAGAAAAUUACUUAUCUGCUUCCGGUCGGAGUAGAUCUCCUAUUAUUAGUUCAUCGAUGCCACCAUCUGUCACGACACAAAGCGAUGUUGACAGUUUAAGACUGCUUUUACAAGAGAGUCAGUAUAAACUAGCAUUAGCAGAUGGAGAGGUGGAAAAACUCAAAGCUAAGCUUGUAGAUUUAGAAAACAGCGGGGCUGGCAGCGAGGAAUAUGCGGCAAAAUUGCGCGAGUCUGGUUUACGACUUCAUGAAUCUGAAAGAGCCUUGAGCAGUGCUAGGCAAGAUUUGGCAGCGGCACGAGAAAUGCUUGCUCAAGCAACAGCACAAAAUGCUGCUUUGCAACAAAAAUAUGCCCGAGCAAGGAGAGCAGCUCGCGAAUUACGCACAGACAUUGCCGCUAGAGACGAGUUCUAUCAACAAUUAUUGCAGGAGAAGGAUACAGAGUAUAAUGCUCUUGUUAAAAGUUUGAAAGAUAGGGUAAUCACAUUGGAAGUAGAACUGACAGAGACACAAAGGAGGUUUGGAUUGCCAGUAAGAUUGCCUUAUGAUGGAACAACGGCUAGAAUUGUUACACCACAGUUAUCUCGACGACAAUUACCUCCUCCUGCUUCGUCAACCAGUUGUCAACUUUCAGACACAGAAACAUCGGAUCUUAGCAGCCCUGAUGAUGGUGAUAAAACGGCGACAGUCGAGAGAAAAUUACCACUUCCGUUGCCAGUCAAGGAGGAACUAGAUCGAGCAGUGCCUGCUCAUCGACUUCUUGACAAUUCUGCUGGAAAGAGUAAAGCUGAACUUGCCAGUAGAGGAGGACUUGCAAAUCGACAACUUCCUAAACGAUCUGGUGGCCUUAGUAAUAGCAGUUCUGACUAUGGUUUGGAUGAAUCGGGUGACAAUACUGAUGAGGAUUCAUCGUCCAAAUUACUUUCUCAAGACACAAGCAGCAGAUCGCCAAAUGACUUGACAUCGAAACAAUCAAACUUGAGUUCCUAUUCCAGUAGUUCUUCGAUUAGUUCAUUGAAAAGUAAACAUAUGGAACCUACACAUCCAACAACUAUUCGACUACACAGUACUAUUAGUUCACAAGUUAGAGCUAUGACAGAACAAAGUUGGCCACAAUCCCAAAAAAAUUUAACUGGACCUCCAGCAUCGUUUGCAGAACAAUUAAAGCAAGUUUUAGCUGAAAGAGAAAGACGACUUGGUGGAAAUGAUAUGUCUUCAUCGAGGGAAAGUUCCGGCGACUUUAGUGACUUAAAUAAUCCACAUUCUAGUGAUCCAACUUUAGUUACACAUCACUUAGUGGAAGAAAUACGACAAGCCGUAAGCGAGGCCAAUCAAAGAGUUAAAAAAGCCACUAUUCCUUCAUCAAAUUUAAUGAGCGGUUCCACGCCUUGGCAUCAUCCAGGUAGUUCACCUUCUAGUCUAUCUUCUGGUGGAUCAGUGAGCCCACCUGCUGUUGAUCCUAGUCCGUCUAAAACAGAUACGAGUGAAGUUUGGUUGCCUCCUCAUCCAAGCGACUUUGGUUUAGGUGACAAGAAGUCCCACUUUUGGCAGAAUGCACCAGUUACCGAUUGGUCCAAAGAACAAGUGUGUCAGUGGUUAUCAGGAAUUGGUUUGGAUCGUUAUGCAUCACGAUUUUUGGAAACUGGAAUUAAUGGCGGCAACCUUUUACGACUCGAAUCCCGCGACCUGAAAGCUUUUGGUAUUUGUGGAGAAGAGAAGUCACAUUUGAAACGCAAAUUGAAAGAACUUAGGGCACAGGCGGACCGGGAACGCAAAGAAAGGAAAGAAAUCGAGCGGAUGCGACGAAAAGCAGAAAAAGCAGCACGAAAAAAAUAGUUUGUGCGUACAUUAAUGUACUUAUGUCCUAUAUAAAAUGCAAUAACUUUGCACAAAAAAUCGGUGACAUAUUCAAAUUUUAU